AUGGUCGUGCUGGGUCUGUUCCAGAUAGCCUUCAGCACGGUGUGCGUCGUCAGCGGGUUCAUAGAUGGCAUUUUCAGAACGGAGUCUCAGCUGGGCAAAACCAGAGCUCCAAUUUGGGCUGGGAUGGUGAUGGGAGUCCCAGGCGUCCUGGCUUUGUUUUCCUCUCAGAGGAAGAAUCCAGUUCUUGUGAACGUGCUGGUAGUUGCUUCCAUAAUCUCUUGUGUUGCCAUCCUCAUUGUAGUAGUUUAUAGCUCCUUCACGCUGAACUAUGGUGAAGAGGAGGAGCUGAGCUCUGCCCCAGUCCAUGUUAUCCAUACAAAGUUCGUACUUAAUAAAGUAGUCAAAGGUGCUAACGUAGCCAUGCUAGCUGCAUCUAUCUGCAGUGCUUUUGUUGUGCUCGUGAUGGCUUACUUGGGAUGCCGGAGUCUUCCACGCUGCUCGUGCUACGACAGUGUAACUGGGAUGGAAUGGUUGCAACCUAGUGAGGACCAAAAUCAGGCUGUGGAAAUGGUUUGCGCUGUGCAAAGUCGUGGGGGCAGAAUUUUUGACUUCCCAGAUCGGUUUCCAGCCCAGGACUUAGAUGCAGAGGAAGACGCAUCCAAACCGCCACCAUAUAUCAGAAUGGCUUGA